AGAUAAAUUCAUCUUCAGGUUUGUUUGUGUUUUAUCCAGCUAUGGGUACCUGCCUGGAAUGAUGUCUUUCACUCUCUCUCUCUUUCAUUUUCUUUCCCACUCCCCUCCCCCUUCCUCUCCCUCUCCUUUGAAAGAGCUGGCUUCAGCAGUCUGCCUGAAAUGAACGAUGCAUACCCACACAUACACUGGGUGCUCCUGCCCCAUCUGCAAUAAUCGCAGGGUCUAUGUGCGUGUGUUUUCCUGGCUGCAGUGUAACAGUGAGAAUAUGUAGCUUCCUGCGUGCUGCUAGGCAGCACAAGCUCAUUCUGCCGCAUGCCUCUUACCGCCACCAUUACGCAAAGGAAUUCCCUGCUGUCUCUGCUAUGGUUGCUCUCAGAGAGUGAGUGUGGAUUGAAGAGGAGGAUUCAUGCUAAAAAUGCACACUGACAGCUAGAGGACAGACUUGGAUUUCCCACUGGAUUUUACAUGGAGAUGUGCAGCUUUUGUUUACGUGGAAAACCCUGUUUAUGGGAUUUAUUGCUGACCUUUGCGCUAUGGGAUUGCGCACAUAUGUAAGAAGGAACUCUGUGUCUUUAUGUGUGUGAGUGAGUGUGAGUGAGAGUGUAUGUGUGUUUUAUGAGUGUUUGUUCCUGAUGCGGUCAGAGCGGGCUAGCCGUGUGUGUAUCGUGGUGCUGGAGGAGGUGGAGGAGGAUGAGCCCUCUUCUUCAUCCCCACCUCCUCGGCCCAAAUCUCCUGACCGCAGAUCCCAUCAUGCCUCUCAAAGGGCUGCCGCUCAGGAUGACAAGCCAUCACUGUUAAGAGCCAUCUUCAACGUGGACCCAGAUGAAGUUCGCUCUCUCAUAUUCAAGAAAGAGGAUGUCAACAUCCAGGACAAUGAGAAGCGGACUCCGCUGCAUGCUGCAGCCUACCUGGGAGACGCUGAGAUCAUCGAACUGCUCAUCCUCUCAGGAGCUCGAGUUAAUGCCAAAGAUAACAAGUGGUUGACUCCUCUUCACCGAGCUGUGGCUUCAUGUAGUGAGGAUGCGGUGGCAGUCCUGUUAAAGCACAGUGCAGAUGUAAAUGCUCGGGAUAAGAACUGGCAGACACCGCUCCAUGUAGCUGCUAGCAACAAGGCAGUUCGCUGUGCAGAGGCUUUGGUCCCACUGUUAAGCAAUGUCAACGUAUCUGACCGGGCAGGACGCACUGCCUUGCACCACGCCGCCUUCAGUGGACAUGUCGAGAUGGUGAAGUUGUUGCUGUCAAGAGGAGCCAACAUUAAUGCAUUUGACAAGAAGGACAGGAGAGCUAUCCACUGGGCAGCCUACAUGGGUCAUCUGGAAGUUGUGAAGUUACUGGUGGCCAGUGGAGCUGAGGUGGACUGUAAGGACAAGAAGGCCUACACACCACUCCAUGCAGCUGCUUCCAGUGGCAUGAGCAGCACAGUGCACUACCUGCUGAGCCUGGGUGUCCAUGUGAAUGAAAUUAAUGCCUACGGUAACACACCACUCCAUCUGGCCUGUUACAACGGACAGGACGUUGUAGUCGGUGAGCUCAUCGAAGCGGGAGCCAGCGUCAAUCAGGUGAAUGAAAGGGGAUUUUCUGCACUUCACUUUGCUUCAUCUUCUCGCCAAGGGGCUCUGUGCCAGGAGCUGCUGCUGGCCCACGGAGCCUGCAUCAACUUGCAGAGUAAAGACGGUAAGACUCCCCUUCACAUGGCAGCUACACAUGGAAGGUUUUCCUGCUCCCAGGCCCUCAUUCAAAAUGGAGCUGAGGUUGACUGUGAAGACAAGAGCAGAAACACUGCCCUUCACAUUGCCGCCCGCUAUGGUCAUGAACUCAUCAUCACGGCACUCAUCAAACACGGAGCCAACACUGCCAAAAGAGGCAUUCAUGGGAUGUUCCCGCUACACCUGGCAGCUCUCAGCGGCUUCUCAGAUUGCUGCAGGAAGCUGCUGUCUUCAGGAUUAGUCAUUGACACUCCUGACGACUUUGGAAGGACCUGUCUACAUGCUGUUGCAGCUGGGGGGAACUUGGAGUGUCUGAAUCUGUUGUUAAACAUAGGAGCAGAUUUCAACAGGAAAGACAACUUUGGAAGGGCUCCACUGCACUAUGCAUCGGCAAACUGUAACUACCAGUGUGUGUUUGCUUUGGUGGGCUUCGGGGCAAGUGUUAAUGAGCUGGACCAGAGAGGCUCCAGCCCCUUGCACUACGCUGCUGCUGGUGAUAUCGAUGGAAAAUGUGUGGAGUACUUGUUGAGAAAUGAUGCUGAUCCAGGAAUAAGAGACAAACAGGGUUACAGUGCUGUGCACUAUGCAUCAGCCUAUGGACGCACACUCUGCCUGGAACUGAUUGCAAGUGAGAGACCUAUAAAUGUGUUAAUGGAGACGACAGGAACGGACAUCCUGAGGGACUCGGACUGUCAGGCCUCGCUCAGUCCACUCCAUCUGGCAGCUUACCACGGACACUGUGGAGCACUAGAGAUCCUCUUGUCAUCCCUGGUGGAUGUUGACGUCUUCAGCCCAGAGGGACGGACUCCACUAAGUCUGGCUUGCUCCAGGGGGCAUCAGGAAUGUGUCUCAUUGCUGUUGCAUCACGGUGCCUCACCCAUGACCCGUGACUACAUACACAAAAAGACAGCCUUACAUGCUGCAGCUAUGAACGGCCACCCAGAGUGCCUGCGUCUACUCAUGAGCAACAACGACCAACACAUUAAUGUGGACGCACAAGACACCAAUGGACAGACUCCUCUGAUGUUGGCAGUGCUAAGUGGACACACAGAGUGUGUGUAUGCUCUGCUGAGUCAAGGAGCCAGUGUGGACAUUCAGGACCGCUGGGGCACGACAGCACUGCACCGUGGGGCUGCAACAGGCCAGGAGGAGUGUGUGGAGGCCCUACUCCAGCGGGGGGCUACUGUGGGUGUGAAGGAUAUCCGGGGCCGCACCCCACUAAACUUGGCAUCAGCUUGUGGCCAUGUGGGUGUCCUGAGUGCCCUGCUGCUGACCACCAGCAUGUCUCAAGCUCAUAUGCACCUUACUGACAGUGAGGGCUACACACCGCUACACUGGGCGUGCUACAACGGAUAUGAUGCAUGUGUGGAGGUGUUGUUAGAUCAGGAGGUAUUCAGGAAGAUCAAAGGCAACACGUUCAGCCCACUGCACUGUGCUGUUAUGAACGAUAACGAAGGAGUAGCUGAGAUGUUAAUUGACUCCUUGGGUGCAGAUAUUGUCAACACCACAGACUCAAAGGGAAGGACCCCCCUUCAUGCUGCAGCCUUUUCUGACCACAUGGAGUGUGUUUCUUUUCUUCUGAGCCACGGAGCUCAAAUAAACGUCGUAGAUUUAGAUACGCACAGGACACCGCUUAUGAUGGCAGCUGUAAACGGACAGACUAAUGCUGUGGAGGUGCUGGUGAGCAGCGGUAAGGCAGAUAUGUCUCUGCAGGACAUGAACAGGAACACUGCUUUGCAUCUAGCUUGCAGCAAGGGUCAUGAAACAAGUGCCUUGUUGAUUCUGGAGAAAAUCAGCGACAGGAACCUCAUUAACUGCACCAAUGCUGCUCUCCAGACGCCGCUGCAUGUAGCAGCCAGGAAGGGACUGACGGUUGUGGUCCAGGAGCUACUGGGAAAAGGAGCCAGUGUGUUAGCAGUGGAUGAGAACGGUUACACUCCAGCUUUGGCCUGUGCUCCUAAUCGUGAUGUAGCUGACUGCUUGGCCCUUAUCCUCCACUCAAUGAUAUCCACCUCCCCUAUGGUUACCAUAGCAGCCAUACCCACCUUGUCCCUUACUCAGACAGUCAUCAACCACCACCCCACCCCCAACCACAUCUCAAAAGGUGUGUCCUUUGAUACCCCGCCUCCUCUGAGGCCUGAUCAUGCCUCAUACUGCAGGCCGGAGCGGCCGCCGUCAUCUGUUUCUGGGGACGAUGAACUGAACGACUCGGACUCGGAGACAUACUGAGGACCAUCAGACAGCGCCCCAUAAUUUUGGCAGGCUGGCCGGCCACUCAAGAGCCUUAACAAAUCACUGACAAUGAACUGAAGGAUGGAGAAAAGUGAACAGAUUCAUUUUUAGGUAAGCUUCACAUCUAAAAAUAAUCUUUGUAUAAACCACAUACUUGUGUCCUUAAGGUGCAUACCCAGGUGGAAAAAAAUUAUAUAAUGUAGGUGAAGCUGAACAUAAAUUUUCCUCCAGACAGCACUGCAUGGUCAGUUACAUGGCCAGUAUUUUUUUAGGAUUUAAAGCAGUAUUUUACUUUAUUAUUUAAGCUCCUUUUGUUUGCAGAUACACUCUAAAGUGGGUUUAAGACUUUUCAGAGAUUUUGCUUCAAGUUAACUGGAAGGGCAUCAAGUGGAGAAAAGCUCAAAGGACAGUUUUUUUAAAAGCAUGAUUGUCUGAAGCAACAGAGGGACAAUCUUAUGGGACCAGCUGAAGAUAUUUUUCCAGCUGUACUUGAGUUUUUUAUUCAGGUUGUUUGUUUAUUUUUGUUUGUUUUUUUUUGUGCUAACACGGCAGCCACAGAUGACUGUCCUUCACAGACAUUAGUUACGCUGUGUAGAUGAUUAGGAACAACCUUUCAUUUCCCAGGAGGAAAAGUCAUUAUUGAAUUCUACGUAUUUAUUCCAAGUGGAGAUUUAAUCCUUGAGAGCUGACUGUGACAGCCGGUGGAUGUUAGACCUAGUUACUGUACAGCUGGUUCAAAUGUCAGUUGACUGACAUCAUGAAUGGACGGCCUGUGGGAUCGAUAACUUGCAAUGCUGUAACCACAAACCCUGUUUCCAGAAAUGUUGGCUGAUUUUUUUAAAAACGCAACAAAAACUUGAAUCUGUAAAUAUGAACAGACACACACCUACAAAGGUAACAAUUUUGGUAUCUUCACUGACUAACUUAACUGUUUUAAGAUAACUUAAACAAAUCUAGAAUCUAAUGAAAAUGAUAACCACCGUCUUCCUUUUAACUUUCUAAUCCUUUGGAAGUGAUUAUAUUAAAUGUUCCAGUUUUUCUUUUUUUUUUUUCUUCUUUUUUGGAGGAUUCUGUCUAUUCUUGCUAAGCACAAGAUUUCAGCUGCUCAACAGUCUGCAGUCAUUGUGUGGUUAUACAUACAUUUUUAAUAGGGGACAGAUCUGGACUGCAGGCAGGACAGUCAAGCACACACUCUGUCUAUGAGGCCAUUCUGUUGCAAGACUUGCAGAAAAAGGGCAUCAUGCUACUGAAAUAACCGCUUACUUGCCUGGAAGACAUGUUGCCCUGAUGGAAGAACUUCACACUUAUGUAGUCCCACAUACUGAAUCCCCUCCGUAUUAUCACAUAUGCCGAACUUUUUACUGAUAACAGAUUGGAUGGCCUUUCUCAUCUUCGGCACAUUGAAUCCAACGUGUUUUACCCAAAAGUAGCUGAAACAUGAAGUCAUCUGACCACAAAUCAUGCCUUUAGUUUUGGACAAUGUCUUUUGAGGAGCAUUUCUAAUACCCAGUCAUGACACCUUUGCCUGCCUUUUCCUUUGUCCUUGUGUCCAAUAAACAGUUCAAAUGAUCAGCUUUUUAAAAAUUCUUUUAGAAAACUUGCCAACUUUUGUGGAAACAGUGUUUGAAUUUGAUGUCUGUGUUCUGUACUGGAGAUGGGCGAAGUGUUGACACUGGUUGUGUGUACAUGCACAUUAAUAUUCUGACUAUUGACCUUAAUUUAGAUAAGCCAGUAGUUCAGGUAUCAUUACUAUGAGUUCCAAAUAGAAUAUUUCAUUUAUAUUCCCAUGUACAUUACAAAACUUGCAACAGCAAUAAUUGCGUCCAACCAAAUCCUUUGUUAAAUCCACAUCAUAAGGAGCUUUAUUACCUGCUUGGGUUUCUUCUUCAUUUCCUCUCACCACAGCCUUCCUGUUCUUAUCUGAACCAACCAGAGCAGGUGUUGCCAGAUCAUGUGACAGACAUAAAAUAUUUUAAAAAGAAGCUCAAAACAUGCAGCAGUGUUCUUGCAAAAAGCAAAUUAAGCAAUUUACUGUAAUCAAAUUAAACAAUAAGCCUAACUGAAUUAUUACUUUAUCCACAUGUGGCAUUAUUCAGGUUAGAAUAUUCAGAAACUGCUGUUACAAGGCAGUCUUAUUCAGAGAAAGGUCUUAGUAUCAGAAUACUGCUGUUAUGUAAACAUAGACAGUGUGUGAAUGCAUGUUUGUGUGUGUGUUUGUGUGUAUAAGAUAAAAGACAUAGAAAAUUGCCUUUUUUUUUAGGUAUAUGCAAAUUUCAGACAGGUGUUGGAUGCUCCUUGGUGCAAUGUUUGUAAAGAUUAAGUAACAGAUGAAUGAAAUAUUUGUUUUUGAAUUAUUUUUGUUUAUAUAUGACAGAGAAUGUGUAACAAAUAAAUAUCACUGGUCUAAAUCUAAA